UCUGCCAUGAGUUCUCAACUCUACCGUUGAAACAUCUCAGGGGGCGCAAGCGCACGACGAUUUUCGGCUGUCACACCAAAGCCCAUUUUUUAGAGCCAACACUAGGGCAACUGUCUUUAUAUUCUUUAGUCAACCACUGCUUGUGAACUUGGCUCGACAGGUUGCAGUGUUUUGUAUCGGCCAAUGCGCGUGCGCAAAUUCAUCUGAUUUUGAUCACUUGUUCGUGUUUCACAAUCCUCAGUGAUUCGUGUGCAGAGUGAAAUUUUUUUCGGGCCGUUUGAAUUUAACGUCGCUGGGCAGAAUUGAAUAUUAGUAAAUAUUCCAUCAAAGUCCGAAUGUAUAGAAAUAUGACAAGGUGACUCGUGCAGCGAAGGACGUGAACUUAUCAGGUCUAUGUUAACUGUAUAGUGGAUUGACUGUAUCGAAAUAACACUAUGACAUCAAUCGAAAGUCAGGCAAGAGACGAUGCAGCUAUGCCGCAAGAUUUGAUAGAUAUUGGAAAUGUGGUAGACUUUGAUGAAAAUCCAAGAUGCGAAUCACCAAAACGUGGUACAACUUUAUCGACAAGUACGAGCAGUUUUGAGGCCUUGGAUCCUCAUGAUCCUAACCUGAGUCGUUUGGCUAAUACCAUGUUUCAAAAGACAGGUGAAUACCUUCAAGAAGAACUGACCGCGACUCAUGCUGAGUAUCGCCUACUUGAGCGUUUGAACAACGAAGCAAUCGGAAAGUAUGCCGAAUUGAAAACAAUAGCUUCAAACGUUUCCCACGUCAUGGUAGCACUCAACUCAAAAUACAAGAAACUACAGCCAGUGCUUGAUAAUAUUAAUGAGAUUGAGGACAGCGUUACAAAAUUAGAGCAAGCAGCUUAUAAGCUUGCAGCUUAUUCCAAGCGAUUAGAAGCAAAAUACAAGGAAAUUGAAAAGGACGGCAAGAUUAAAUGAGGGUGCUCAACCUUACAUUGUUCAGAUGUUCAAUGACAAUCUGACGUAAUCCAAAUCUGUUAAAAUUAGAUUAAAGAAAAGAUUCAUUCUUACUUCUCCUGUAGGGUUUUGGAACCUGUAUAUUUCUAUUGAUAUGUUCGUUAUACGUAGGUACUGUUAGUUCAAAGCAAUUGAUGAAUAUGGCGCAAUGCCAUUUGUAAUAUCUAUCUAUGGAAACACAUUUUCACACACAUAUUAACAUUCAUAGUCAGUUAAACACGAUCAGUCAACGUGUCCAGCUUGAUUCCAAAAAGUUUUCUACAGCUUUGUAUGAUAAAGAGAGUACUAUUUCUUGUUCCAAAUGUUUGACAUACAAAGAUGAUCUUUGAAAUUACGUAUUUCUAGCAAUUUAAAAGAAUUCAAGGAAAUAAUAUUAAUAACAUAGGUUCUGGUGGUCCAUAGCAUACUCAGCUCUAUUUGGGAACGCUUUUUUGAUACCAUAAUCUAGUAUCAUGUGUUUCAAAUUUCAUGUGCAAUAUCAUACGGAACAGAAUGUUUUAAAAACAAUUUGCAAAUACAAUGUUUUUGUUGUUCGUAAUUUUAGCUAUACAUUCAAGUAUUGUAAGACUAUCAGUAACAAUAUUCAGUGAACGAGACCUUUCACUGGCACUGUGGGAGUUCUCCUAGAACAGUCAACAUACGGCAUGAAGUGACUUUUAAGUUCUCUAGAAUGGUCUCAUUAACUAAAUAUUGCAAAAUUUAUUCUCAUUACAAAUGCAUUUCACGAAAUAUUUUAUCUUUAGCAUAUAUGAUUGCAUUAGGUAUAAUUUGAAUAAACGAGAACUUUAUCUGUUAUAUAGAAAAAUCACAUUUAUUCAUCGGACAUAAUAAAUUCUUCUCAAGAUGUAGGUGGGACAGUUAAGGUGAAGCUUAUGGCUAUAUAUAAAAUAACUUGUAAGUAAUUUGACAUUUAAUAUGAUGGGAUUCGACACACACUGUUAUACAGAAAAUUGAUGGCAAUUUGUUAUUAAAUUUGAUUCAAAUGUAUUAUUGUACACCAUCACUUACUGAAAAUUACUUGUGUAUUUGAAUUGAUUGAAUAACAUGCUCAUACGUGAUAUCACAUUGUACUGUGCAUAAAUAAAAGUUUCGUUGGGACCGGGCAGUUGCAAACGAAGCUUGAUGGUAUCAAAGUCAAUUGUUUGUCUAAAUUUUCUUUCAACAAGGGUCAUCAUCUGUUCACCCUAUUGUUUGUAUAGAAUUUCGAAAAAGUUGAUACACUUGUGGACAAUUCCUACUUUAAUCACAUUAUUAUACCCCUAUACACUUCUAUGUGUAGUAGCACAGAUAUGUCAUUUCAACUUUAUUAUGAGCGGAUUGGGUAUUAUUCAGCUUGACAAACUUGCAAGAAUACAUAAAUAGCAAUGCAAUGGAUAUUUGAGCACUUAGAUACCUUUUGCCACAGGCGUAUUCUAAGGAAUUAUCUAACUUAGACCGAGGAAUUGGCUUAUUUGAAUAUACUUAUUGGAUUGAUUCUUAAAGGAAAAAAUGAGCAUUUCAAGAUCAUUUUUAUUUUCAUUUUCAUUUUAUUUUGGACUCUGAAAAUUUUUCUAUCAUCAAUAUAUCCAUGCUCACACUUAUUCAUAUAAAUUUUUUCUAAUUCUCUCAUUGGCAUGGUCUAAUAGCGCUUCAUAAAAAAUUUAAUAAAAUUGGGUUGUUCAAUUAAUUUUCCUCGUAUUAGGAGCAAAUAUAGGUAUUUACAUAGAUCGAUGAACACUAAGCAAUAAAUGAUAAAAUCUGAACUGUUAAGUAAAUUAUGUAAACAGAUUCAACUUUUGUCUGUACUGCAAAGAUAUGAAUU